CUCGUCUCUGUGUGCAGUUUCGAGGGCUUUUCUAAAUUGUGUUAUAUUUUCUUGUGCCCAUUGCACCUGAUUCCUGACCCUCAAAAUGCCCCGCGAUCCUUUGAUUGGGUUGGUUGGCAAGCCUUCCAGUGGAAAGUCAACGACGCUUAACAGUUUGACAGAUGCUAGUUCUAAAGUUGGGAACUUCCCUUUCACCACCAUUGACCCCCAGCGCGCCAUUGGCUACCUACAAAUAGAAUGCGCAUGCCAGCGAUUCAAUGUCUCAGAUAGGUGCAAACCGAAUUAUGGAGGUUGCUUCGAGGGACGGCGGUCUGUUCCUAUUGAGCUCCUAGAUGUUGCUGGUCUUGUUCCCGGGGCGCACGAAGGACGGGGCUUGGGUAAUAAGUUCUUGGAUGACCUGCGUCAUGCGGAUGCUCUGAUCCAUGUGGUGGAUGUUAGCGGGACAACAGACGCGGAAGGCAAGGCAACACGAGGAUAUGACCCGUCCGCAGAUAUCGACUGGCUCCGUUCUGAGAUCGUGCGGUGGGUGUUGGGGAAUUUGAUGCAGAAAUGGGGCUCUAUCAAGAGAAGACAUGUCGCAAUCAAGGCGACUGCACCCGAAACCCUACAGGGCCAGUUCUCCGGCUACGGAAGCACAAUACAAACUGUCAUACGGUGUCUGGAUAAAAUUGGGUUGAAGGAGCCACUUGAUGAGUGGUCAGACGAGACGAUUGAGACGGUCGUCAGGGCAUUCAUCGACGAGAAAUUCCCCACCGUAUUGGCCUUGAACAAGAUUGACCACCCCGACUCAGAUAAGAACAUCAGCAAAAUCGCCAAGAUGCAAGAUCCUCAGUCGAUCGUCCUCUGCUCUGCGGUAUCAGAAGUCUUCCUCCGGAGGUUAGCAAAGCAAAACUACAUUAAAUAUGUAGAAGGCAGCGAAUUCCUAGACACAAGGGAAGACCUCAUCGACAUGGGCGAGCCUGAUGGUGGAGGUCUGAAAGAGAUGGACGAGAAAUUAAAGACCCGUGUCGAGAACAUGAAAGAUAUGGUCCUCUACCGCUUCGGGUCUACUGGUGUUGUACAGUGUCUUUCGCGGGCAGCAGAACUCCUGGGCUUGGUGCCAGUGUUCCCGGUCAGGAACUUGCACACGUUUUCGUCUGGUGCGGGGACGGCUGUUUUCCGGGACUGCGUUUUGGUCAAGAAAAACAGUACAGUGGGUGAUGUUGCGCGAAAGGUCAUGGGCGACGUGCCCAUUUCGUACGUCGAGGGUGUUGGUGGUACCCGGGUGUCUGAAGAUGAGAUUGUGGCCGUAGGAAAGCAUGAUGUCCUCUCAUUCAAACCCGGGCGGUAACUACUAUGUACACUGAUGACUUGAUAAUGAAACAUUGCAAAAUACUCGUACAUAUCCAAUAGAAUAGACCAAUCCACUGAACCCC